CCCGCGUCCGGCCGGCGGCGGAAGGGGCGGAGCCUCCCGCCAUGCCGUCCACCCGGGCCGGGGGGCGGCUGCUCUUCGCGGGAGUCGCGCGCCGACACCGGGUUUCCGGGCCGGACCCCCACCUCUCUGAGCGCCUCCGGCUCUUCCAGCAGCUGCGGGCGGCGCAGCAGCAACGGGAUGAGGCCGGGACCGGGACCGGGACUGGGACAGGGAGUGGCCGCCCCCCCCCGGGGACCCCCAUCCGCAUCGCCCUGCCCGGAGGGGGCUGCCUGCCCGGCCGGGCCCUGCAGACCACCCCCUUCCAGGUGGCCACCCAGCUGGGGGGGGGCCUGGCAGAGGCGGCACUGGUGGCCCGGGUGAACGGGACCCUCCAGGACCUCGACCGGCCCCUGGAGAGCGACGCCGACCUGGAGCUUCUCGACUUCUCGACGCCGGAGGGACAGGCGGCUUUCUGGCAGUCCAGCGCCUGCGUCCUGGGGGCAGUGGCAGAGCAGUUUUACGGGGCCACACUCUGCAGUGCCCAGGCCACCGAGGACGGCUUCUUCUGCGACGUCCACAUGGGAGAGAGGACGGUGCAGCGCGGCGAGCUGCCGGCACUGGAGGACGCUUGUGACGCUUUCGCCCGCACCGGGCACCGCUUCGAGCGCCUCGAGGCCACCCGCCAGCAGCUGGCCGAGCUCUUCAAGCACAACAGCUUCCAGCUGCAGCAGAUCGAGGAGGAGGUGACGUCUCCUACUGCCACCGUCUAUAGGUGUGGCCCCCUGCUCCAGCUCUGCCACGGCCCCCUCCUCCGGCACACGGGGCUGAUCGCAGCCCUCCGCAUCCUGACCAGCUCGGCAGCGUUUUGGCGAGGGGCUGGGAGCCGCCAGUCGCUGCAGCGUGUUGCCGCCGUUGCCUUCCCCAGCACCCAGGAUUUGGCUGCUUGGCAGCAGGCGCAGGAUGAGGCUGCCCUGAGGGAUCACCGCCGCAUCGGUCGGGAGCAGGAGCUUUUCUUCUUCCACAAGCUCAGCCCCGGCAGCUGCUUCUUCCUGCCCCGCGGUGCCCACGUCUACAACACCCUCGUUGACUUUAUCAGGAGCGAGUACCGGGCGAGGGGCUUCUGUGAGGUGGUGACCCCCAAUGUGUUCAGCCCGCAGCUCUGGGAGCUCUCGGGGCACUGGCAGCACUACAGCACUCACAUGUUCUCUUUCACCGCUGGCACUGAAACCCUCUCUCUCAAACCCAUGAACUGUCCAGCUCACUGCCUGAUGUUCGCCCACCGGCCACGGUCGUGGCGGGAGCUGCCGUUGCGCCUGGCCGAUUUUGGGGUGCUGCAUCGCAACGAGCCCCCCAGCACCUUAACAGGGCUGACCCGGGUGCGGCGCUUCCAGCAGGACGAUGCUCACAUCUUCUGCACACUGGAGCAGCUGGAGGGUGAAAUUGAUGCCUGCCUGGACUUCAUGCAGACGGUUUACGCCACGCUGGGCUUCUCCUUCUGCCUGGCCCUGGCCACCCGCCCCCCCGGAUUCCUGGGGGACCCUGAGACCUGGGACCGCGCCGAACAGCAGCUGGAGCGGAGUCUCCGUGCCUUCGGGCAGCCCUGGGAGCUGAGUCUGGGCGACGGCGCCUUUUAUGGCCCCAAGAUCGAUAUCCGGAUCCGGGAUGCGCUGGGGCGGCAGCAUCAAUGCGGCACCAUCCAGCUGGAUUUCCAGAUGCCGGAGAGAUUUGAGCUGGAGUAUGCCAGUGCGACAGGGGGAGUGGUGCGGCCAGUGCUGAUCCACCGGGCAGUGCUGGGUUCCGUUGAGCGCAUGGUGGCUGUGCUGGCCGAGAGCUGCGGUGGCCGAUGGCCGCUCUGGCUGUCCCCACUGCAGGCGAUGGUCAUCCCGCAGGCACCCGAAGUCGAGGACUACGCCCGGGAGGUGCAGGCAGUGCUGCGAGGGGGUGGCAUGAUGGCCGACCUGGACGGGGACGCGGGGGCCACCCUGGCCAGGAAGAUCCGCCGGGCCCAGCUCGCCCACUACAACUUCCAGCUGGUGGUGGGCCGGCGGGAGCGGGCACAUGGCACCGUCAGCGUCCGCACGCGGGACAACCGGCAACUGGGGGAGCGCGACCUGCACCAGCUGCUGCAGCGGCUGCGGGAGCUGCGGGACGCCCGCGUCCCUGAUGCCGAGGAGCAAUUCUGACAUCCCCCCCACCGUGUGUCCCCCCCUCUGUCCCCGCGUGUGUGUCCCAACACACCCCUGAUACCCAUUAAAGUGUUGGGAAACAGUG